GGGGUGGGACACACACACUCUGAGGGAGGGAGAGCAAGAGAGGGAAGAGGAGAGUUUACAGAACUGACUCAGAACUGACACAGACGUGCUGGUACAGAGAAAACUUCACAUGGAACUUUCCGGCACUUUCUCAAUCCAUGUUUUUCAUACUUGCUCGGAUUCGUUUGAGAAAAGGCUCGGUAUUUCUUGUCUCAUUUCCCAGAAGGAUUAUGCCAGGACAUGCCUUUAGCAGCUGAACAGAUUGGCUUGUACCAGAACGUUUUUGGAAUUUCUCCUUGCUCUCUGGCAUAAUGGCACUCUAGUAAACUGUGAUAUCUAGACGACUACGUCUGUGUGUUUAGAGAAAGUGUUUGUAUGUGCAGCGCUGUGUGUUUAUAGUCUGACAGGGUUAGAGAGCAGCAGGGGUGCUAGCUGACCUGACUGAGGGACUUGGGUAUUUGCCACAACAAAGGUCUUUUGUUCCUGUAAACAGUGUAAGUGGGCCAGGACCCGCGUGGAGAGCUGGAGGUGGGGGAGAUGAGCCUUUUGUGACACUCUGAAUGGAAGCACUGUGCUGGACUAGUUCGCUACCUGGCUUCCUGCUUGGCUCAGAGUCAAUUGGCUUUCUGCAAACGCUACCUCAGUGACUGUGUGGAAAUGGACAGUGUCAGUAACGGCAGCUGUGAUGGACAGGGGAAAGCCCCUCCUAGUUCCUUCCUCAACAUGUUCUCCACCAUCUUCACACGCGAGCGGACUGACUCAGCCAGGCAGGCUGGGGCGGAGACAGCCGUCCUGACGUCGUUCAAGAUCCUGUCUGAUGACGAGAGCUGUGCCAGUGAGGGUGAUCAAAGUGCCCAGAAUCUUAUCAGUGGGGACGGGCCCCCCGCUGACGGGCCCCCCGCUGACGGGCCCCCCGCUGACGGGCCCCCCGCUGACGGGCCCCCCGCUGACGGGCCCCCCGCUGACGGGCCCCCCGCUGACGGGCUCCCCGCUGACGGGGCCCCCGCUGACGGGGCCCCCGCUGGGACAAAGGUGAGGAGCGGGCCUCCCUCCCCCGCGGCCCCUCCCCCUGACGCUGAGCAGACUGUUGAAUCCUGGGAGAUUGAGUCCUGUAAGGAGAAUGAGGCGAACGUGGAGAGCACGGCCGAUCCAGACCUGGUCCAGGUCACCAUGGUCGAGACCUACAGUGAUGAAGAGUCCGGAGAUGAUGAGGCGUUUAGCAGCCUCGGCCAAUCAUAUGAGCUCGCCAUCCCUGGGCCGCACCACCCGAGCGAGGAGGACAAGAGCGUAUUGGACGACGGUAAUGCGGGUCAGCUGUUGUGUCGUCCUGCAGAGAGAGAUGCCACUGAGUCAGAGCAGCGCCUGGCUGCCAGGAGAGCACACAGCCUUGUGGAGAGGUCCCUCAAAGACACCUCUGUUCUCUUCACUGCCAGGUUCACACAGCUGGGUCCCUCUGAGACAGAUCCUGCUCUGCUCUCCUCCGCCAGCGCGCAGACGGCUCCUGAAGAAGCCCCCGCCACUGUCCCGUCCUCUGGCCCGGCGCAGGCAGAGCCAGGGGCCAUGGGCUCGGAGGGGUCCACCCCCAAGCCGGCCAUCAGCCUCCCGGGUCUGGAUACAGGAGCAGGCCUGGACAACUGCUCCUCUCCACCCUCGUCUCUCAAGUCUCUGAGCUCUGAAGCACUGGCCUGCCAGGCUGGAGCUGAACAUCCUGCCUCUCCACCAGGGCAGGACGGGGGCCCAGGCGGAGAGCAUGGGGAGAAGCCCCGGUCCUGCAAGAGGACAGAGAGGACAUGCAGCCUGGACUCUCCCACCAACGGCUCCAGGCCCAGGCCAGCCUCCUCCAGCCAGCACUCCCUGACAAAAGGCCUUUCAGAGAGCAUGUCGCGUGUCCCUGGUGAGUCCUCAACUGACAGCCAGCCAAGUGACGUUCCAGGUCCCACCCCUCCCAGGGACGAGGGCAGCAUGUCGGCCGGCAGGAGAUCAGACGCAGGGCCCUCCUGCCCCACACCCUCACCCUCCACCACCACAUCUCCCUCGAGAGGAUCGGCCCUGGCCCCGGCCACCACCUUCCAGCUGCCUGCUCUCUUCAGCGGGCUGCGCGUGCUGAAGAAGGGGGCGUUUGGGGAGGAGAGGGAGACGCUGGCAGAGAUCCAGCCGAGGGACUGUGACCUGGCCCUGCUGAGCCUGAAGAAGACUGUCAACAAGGCCAGGAUCCUCCCAGAGCAGAUCAGCACCUCCCCGGCCCGGAGGCGCUCCGAGCCCAAGCCUGUGGCGAGCAAGCUGCUGAACCAGCUGCUCAGCCUGGAUGAGCCCCAGCCGGAGGACAGGCAGGAGACUCCUCCACAGACACCCAGGGAAGGGGAGCUCCCACACCCUGGCACCCCUCCGGCAGGGGGCCGGACAACCUCGGAAGCUGCUCUCAACACCUUCAAGAGCCUCUUCAGCUCCAAGGCUGCCCAGAAGGAGCCUGAGGACCUGGAGACUCUGAAGAGGAAGAUCAGGGCAGAGAAGGAGCUGCUGAAGUCCAUCUUUGAGAGAACCUCCAGGUGUUCCGUUACCGAACCCAGAAGUCCUGGCGAGGCUCACUCGGAGAUCACCUCCCCCACAGACAGUGAGGACCGCACCCCUGGACGCCUGCAGGCGGUGUGGCCCCCGCCCAAGCCCAAGGAGGAGGAUGAGAAGGUGGGCCUCCGCUACACCGAGGCAGAGCACCAGGCUGCCCUCCUACAGCUGAAGAGAGAAUGCAAGGAAGAGGUGGAGACACUACAUGCGGAGUUUGGGCUGAAGAUCUUCGAGGUGCGCGGGGAGCAUGCUGUGGCGGUGACACGGCUGGAGGGCGUGGUGGCCCAGCUGCGGAGAGACCAGGCGUGCGGAGGGCAGGAGCGCGGUGAGCCCUGCGAGGCCAGCGUCUCCACAGAAGAAGACCUCCCGCCCAGAACCUUCCGGAACGUGUGCGUCCAGACAGACAGACAGAGCUUCCUCAGGUCCCCUGAGGGAGAGGCAGCUGGCCGGAGCCCAGGGCAGAACAGCCUGCCCAACAAACUCAACCUGGACUCCAUCAGCCACAGUCUCGGGGGCAAGGUGGAGCAGUCCUCGGGUCCCUCUAUACCACCCCCCCCACCCCCACCCCCACCCCCACCCCCCCCUCCCAUCCCCGGCCAGUCCGGUGCCCCGCCCCCCCCACCUCCUCCAUGUCCUGGCAACAUGGCACCCCCUCCCCCGCCCCCUCCUCCUGGGUGUGGCCCCCCGCCCCCUCCUCCCCCCCCCGGGUGUGGCCCUUCUCCACCCCCGCCCCCCCCAGGCUGUGGCCCCCCACCCCCGCCCCCUCCGGCAGGGUUUGGGUUUGGCUCGCAGGUGGAGAAGGCACCGCGGAAACCGACCAAGGAGCCGGCGUUGCCCAUGAAGCCUCUUUACUGGACCAGGAUCCAAAUCCAGGACAGCAAUAACAACACGCUGUGGGGUUCUCUGAAGGAGCCAGACAUUGUGAACACGGAGCAGUUUGAGGAGCUGUUCUCCAAAGCCACGCAGCAACCAAAGAAGAAGCCUCUCUCCGACACCUUCCAGAAGAAGACCAAAGCUAAGAAGAUUAUCAAGCUGUUGGACGGGAAGCGAUCUCAAGCCGUGGGCAUCCUGAUCUCCAGCCUGCACCUGGAGAUGAAGGACAUCCAGCAAGCUGUUCUGACUGUGGACAACUCCGUGGUGGAUUUGGAGACUAUCGAAGCAUUAUACGAGAACAGGGCCACCAGUGACGAGCUGGAGAAGAUCAAGAAGCACUAUGAGACGUCCAAGGAGGAUGAGGUGAAGCUGCUGGACAAGCCUGAACAGUUUCUGCAUGAGCUCUCCCAGAUCCCAGACUUCUCCGGCCGGGCACACUGCAUCAUCUUCCAGCCGCUUUUCCAGGACAGCAUCUCCUCCACCCUCCGCAAGGUGGAGAUCGUCUCCUCUGUGUCCAAAGGGCUCCUGGAGUGUGGCAGUGUGAAAGAGGUGAUAGGGCUGGUUCUGGCCUUUGGGAACUACAUGAAUGGAGGGAACAGGACCAGAGGCCAGGCUGACGGCUUCGGCCUGGAGAUCCUCCCCAAGCUGAAGGACGUGAAGAGCAGGGACAACCGGAUCAGUCUGGUGGACUAUGUGGUAUCAUACUACCUCCGCAACUUCGACGAGCAUGCAGGGACGGAGAAGAGUGUGUUUCCGCUGCCAGAGCCUCAAGACUUCUUCCUGGCUGCCCAGGUCAAGUUUGAUGACCUCAUCAAGGACAUCAGGAAGCUGAAACGAGAACUAACCGCCUGUGAGAAAGACGUGCAGAAGGUCUGUGCUAACUCCUCAGAAGAACACCUACAGCCCUUCAAGGAAAAGAUGGAAGAAUUCAUCUCCAGUGGUCAGAAGGACCACGCAGUUGCGGACACCCGCCUCGCUGCCGCCCAGCAGAGUUUCCAGGACAUGGUGAGAUAUUUUGGCCUGAAGCCCAAGUCUGGGGAGAAGGAAGUGGCUCCCAGCUUCGUGUUCAUGCUGUGGUACGAGUUCUGCAGCGACUUCAAGAACACAUGGAACCGCGAGAACAAGAACAUCUCCAAGGAGAGGUUGAAGGAAGCGCAGGAGAACAUCAAGAAGAUCACAGCUGAGAAGAGGGUUGAAACCAAGAAGAUUAAUGCCAACAGUCUGAAAGAGAGGCUGCGCCAGAAGGAAGCAGGCGUCACCUCCAGCUGAGCAGCCUGAGAAAGAGAGCGACCGAUCGGAGAGAGAGAGAACUGAAGGAGAAGAUAUGACAGAUGAGAGUCUGGCUUCAUCCCUCUCUCCUUUACCUCCUGCCUCACACGCCAUACUUCCUGCCUCACACGCCAUACCUCCUGCUGCCCCCGUGCCCCGCUGAGAGGGUCUUCCUGGGCCCCUGGAGGUGUCCUGGUCCACUAGGGCCCACAUCCACUUUUGAACACUUGACCGGCCCUCUUCCAGGCCUCGACAGACCAGCUGUCACAGUGAUGACUCUUGGCUGGGUGCUCCAGCCUUCCUGUGAGCCAAGAGAUCUGGUCCAGUGUGACAGCAUGCUGUACGUCGCAGCAUGCAGGUGUCCAUGUUGUAGAGCUAUGUGAGGUUGUCACCAGGGGAUGGUUUGCUCAGAGGAGAUAUCAUGAUGCCAGACAGAGACAGACAGACAGACAGACAGACAGACAGACAGACAGACACAGACACAGACAGAUAGACAGAGACAGACAGACAGAGACAGACAGACACAGGAAAACAGGGGUUUGGAAUGAUGGAAGUAAUAUCCAUGACUCCAGAGAGGAGCUUUAGUGGAGU